AUGGGUGUGGGCAUAGGCAGCCGCAGGGGCAGCAGAGGCGGCGGCGGCACCUCAUACCUGCCCCAAAUGGAUUUGGACCUGGACCUGCACGGAGACCUGGAUGUGGACGUGCACGUGAGUGAGCAAGGAGCCGCUGGGGUGGGGGCUGGCCUACAGAACCAGGGCAACACUUGCUAUGUGAAUGCGGCUCUGCAAUGCCUGACACACACCAGGCCCCUGGCAUGGGCUCUGCAGUGGCGGAGGCGGUGGCAGCAGCAGCAGCAGCAGCCGGAGCAGCAGCAGCACUGCGCGGGCUGUUGCCCUGAGCAUCCCAGCUGCGCCCUGUGCGCCCUGCAGGCCCACUUGGCCCGCGCCCUGCUGCAGCCCCGGCAGGUGCUGCGGCCCCCGCGAGCACUCCUGCGUGGGUUCCACCGCCAGCAGCAGGAAGACGCCCACGAAUAUCUGCUAUACGUGCUGGAUGCCCUGACACAUGCCUGUGGCCAAGCUGCACCAGCACAGGCCCCUGGGCCAGCCCACAUCCACAAGCCCUUGCACAGCACCAGCUGCGAGGACUCUGGGCUGGUGCCCAGCAUCUUCGGUGGGCUGUGGAGGUCUCAGAUUCGCUGCCUCCACUGCCACUCAGUGUCAGAGACCUUCGAACCUUACCUGGACAUCGCCCUCAACAUCCAUGCCGCCUCCAGUGUGGAGCAAGCUCUGCGGGAGCUGGUGAAGCCUGAGUGCCUGGACGGGGACAACGCCUAUGAGUGCGGACACUGCCAGCACAAGAGAGCCGCCUCCAAGACCUUGAGCCUGCACAGCCCUUCGCAGGUGCUCGUGCUGGCCCUGCAGCGCUUCUGCCCCUGGAGCCACAGCAAAGACGCCAAGGCCGUGGCCUACCCACAGGAGCUGGACCUGCGUGAAUACACGUCAAAGCCGAAGGGACCGCCUCUGCUCUACGGCCUCUAUGCCAUCCUGGUCCACGUGGGCUGCACCCCCCACAGCGGACACUACCUGGCCUAUGUGCAGAGUGCCCAAGGACUCUGGUAUCAGAUGGACGACGCUCGGGUCACCGCCUGCCACGUGGCCUCUGCCCUAAGCCAGCAGGCCUAUGUCCUCUUUUACCUGCGCAAGACACAGCUACCCCAGCAACAGCAGCAGCAGCAGCAGCAGAAGCAGCAGCAGAACGACGACGAGGAGGAGGAGUUCAGGGCUUCCUGCCACGCUGCGCCAGAACCAGCCUGCCCUGUCUUGCCCAGUGCACAGCCUGGCCUGCAGACCAGCCCUAAUGAGCCCCAGAGAGAUCAACGCCUUCCCAGACUGCAGCCGUCCCCGCAGGAGCCAUGCCAACCAACACCACCAGCACAGAUGACUUUGGACCAGUGGAGAGCUCACCAGGAACACAAGCGGCCCACGACCCACUUGCAGCUCAGGACAGUGCCAGGUGACCUGCCUGCCCAGGCUGUGCUCAUCCACCCCUCCACAGGAGGCAAGGCAUGGGCCAGGCCACACAGCCCUUCCUCAAAGGAGAACACCGCCCCCAGCGCUGAACCCACCAACACUGCCUCUGCGACCACCACUGCUCCAGCCACGACCAGAGCCACCAAGAGGAGGAACAAGAAGACCCACAAGAAGAUGCUGCUCACCUUGCACAGCCCUCAGCCCUGCCAUGCCUAUAGGUGCUGA